CUCAAAUCUGUUGUGGCGACCACAAAAAACACUUCACUCGAGAUUCAAGGCCUGAAUGCCUCACAAGCGGGACGGCGGUAUCAAAAAUAGUCCUCUGGUGCGGGUCCAACGCUCCUUCGGUGACGUCAUUUAGGCGAGAAGCGAGCCACUCUCACAGCAAACAACAUAGUCGCUCCGAUCACAUCCAUCCUUCUCAUCCAAAUCUCUCCCUUUCUCCACUCCCACCCUCAGUCGCCAUGAACUUCGGAACCGUUGCCCGUCGCGCCUACUCCACUUCGCGCUCCGCCAUCCCUCCCACCAUUGGCUCCACCAAGGCUAUUGGCUCCCCCAAGGAUGCCGCUCGCAUGGCCAAGGUCGUCAGGUUCUACAAGGGUCUUCCUAACGGCUCCGCCCCUACUACCCGCUCUACCGGCUAUAAGGCCCGCCACUUUGACGGCAAGAACUCUGAUAUGACCCCCGUCUUCCAGACCAUGGCUGUCAUCUUUGCUAUCUCUUACACCAUCGACUACCAGUUCCACUUGAAGCACCACAAGAACGUUGCCCACCACUAAACGUAGUGCUUUCAUGGAAUGGAUAAUAAAAACAAAUAAUCAUGAACUCAGGAAGCUAAAGAACAAAGCGAAAUACGAAUCCAACGAGCGAGAAUCAUUCAAUGGACGUCGUGUAUUAUGAAUGAGAUCGACGUGUGGAAGAAUAGACAACCUGCCCAGGAUAACAUCAAGUCCUACGUCCAUCUCGAACAAUACUAAGCAACACUCGAUCUACUGUCCUCUUGUUCAAAUGCAAAUUAUUUUUUUUAAUGACGAUACAAAAUAUAAAAACGA